UCUGGAUUCUUCAUCAGUUUAGUCAUAAGAUAGUAGUGAACAGAUCAGUGAGAGAAAUGGAAAAAGUAGCUCCAGCUAAAGCUCUCAAAUGGAGCCCCCCUAAGCCGAGGACGACUGGCUUCAGCGAACUUAUCGUGAAAGCUUUCCUCGUUCUACAGCUGAGUGGCUGUGUGUCCUCUCAACGGUGUCCUAUAGACUGGACAAUGAUCGACUCCAGGUGCUAUUUCCUCUCCUCUGAGAGGAAAACGUGGGAGGAGAGCAGACAAUACUGUCGGAGUGAAGGUGCUGACCUGGUAGUGAUCAACAGUGAACAGGAGCAGAGGGCAUUGUACCGUCUCAAUGGGGAUGCUGACCUCUUGUUCUGGAUUGGUCUGUAUAACACGGCUGGAACCUUCAAAUGGGUGGAUGGAUCUGUGCUGGAGAAAAGAUUUUGGCUGCCUGGCCAGCCAGAUUAUGGUGGUCCCAACAACAGAGAGGACUGUGUGGAGAUGUAUCACCGCCAUCCAGUGCUGACCAGCUGGAAUGAUGCCCCCUGUGGACAUGAGCUGCUCUUUCUGUGUGAGAAAGAUCCAUGUGCCAGGUUUUCUGGUUUUAUGUCAUGCAAAGCUGCACCUAUCUAAUGCAUUAUUUUUUGGUAGAUUAUUGGUUUUAACAGCUUUUUGUAUAACUGCCCAUUUGACACCAAUAAUGGACAUCAUAUAAAAAUCAAGAGAAACUUCUCAUCUUGGAAUCAAUCACAAAGAUUGCUCAUUUACCCUAUGAGGACAUACUGCUUGCAUGUAGAGUAUUUGUCAGGAGAGGUGAAGAUGCUAUGCACAAUCUGAUGCUACUUGUUUUUUUUUUUGAUUUUUUAUUUUAUUUUUUUUACUUGCUUGAUGAUACUCACCUGGAGAAGCCAACGCAGCAAUUAAACAUAGUUCUAGUUAUUGCAGUGUAUACAAUAAAUACAAAAUAAAAUCCUUUGCACAGAU